CACACACACACACACUCCCUCCCUCACACCAACGCUGGCUAUCAGCAGAGUCUGACGGCUGCAUCCUUUGCUGUAGCAACGCGGCUGCUCCUCCAUCCCUCUCUGCCUCGUCUGCAUCUGACAUCCCCGGGCUGCAGGAGUCUUUUGUGUCUCUACGGGGGCCAUUGUUGUUUCUACCCUUUUCGGAGAGAAAAAAGCAACACCAUGGACAUGAUGGGCAACAAAGAGCGACGAGGCGUGAAUUUCAAAGGCUUGCUGAAGAGGAAUUGGCUUCUGAUUGCCACGGUUUUAUCAGUGCUGCUCGGGAUCAGUUUGGGUGUCGUGGUCAGAGAGUAUGCUUCCCUCUCUCAUCUCCACAAGCAGUAUUUCGGCUUCCCUGGAGAGAUCCUGAUGCGAAUGCUGAAGCUGGUCAUCCUCCCUCUCAUCAUUUCAAGCAUGAUAACAGGUGUCGCAGCCCUGGACUCUGAGGUAUCAGGGAAGAUAGGUCUGCGAGCUGUCAUUUAUUACUUCUCAACAACCAUCAUUGCAGUUAUUCUGGGAAUUAUUUUGGUGAUGACUAUCAAACCGGGAGUCUCUCAGACAACUGAGCACAUCGACAGGGCCGGGACCACGCCCAACGUCACAACUGUUGACACACUCUUGGACCUGAUCAGAAACAUGUUUCCAGAAAAUCUGGUGCAGGCUUGUUUUCAGCAGUACAAGACCAAGCGUAAAGAGCUGGAGCCUCCAAAAGUUCCGGUCGACACCACCACAAUUCCACCUCUCACAACGACUAUCAUGGCGGCAGUGGAGAAUAUUACUAAGAACUAUAAAAUCAUUGGGACAUAUUCGGAUGGAAUCAACGUGCUGGGGCUCAUCGUGUUCUGCGUCGCUUUUGGCCUUGUCAUUGGGAAGAUGGGUGAAAAAGGACGCAUCCUCCUGGAAUUUUUUGAUGCCCUGAACGAAGCAACCAUGAAACUGGUCCAGAUAAUUAUGUGCUACAUGCCUGUAGGGAUCCUGUUCCUAAUUGCUGCAAAGAUCAUUGAGGUGGAAGACUGGGAGAUCUUCAGGAAGAUGGGUCUUUACAUGGUGACGGUGCUGAGUGGUCUAGCUAUCCACGCCACCGUCUGUCUGCCACUCAUCUUCUUCAUCAUUGUGAGGAAGAACCCAUACACAUUCACACUGGGAAUGGCUCAGGCCCUGGUGACAGCGCUCAUGAUCUCCUCAAGCUCUGCCACUCUGCCCGUCACCUUCCGAUGUGCCGAGGAGAACAACCGUAUCGACAAGCGAAUCACCCGCUUCGUCCUCCCGGUGGGUGCCACCAUCAACAUGGACGGCACAGCGCUCUAUGAGGCGGUGGCUGCCAUCUUCAUCGCCCAGCUGAAUGACUACACUCUGGAUGUCGGUCAGAUUGUUACCAUCAGUAUAACAGCAACAGUUGCCAGUAUUGGAGCAGCAGGAGUCCCUAACGCUGGCCUUGUCACCAUGGUGAUAGUCUUAACAGCCGUAGGAUUACCUGCAAGUGACGUCACCCUGAUAGUAGCUGUGGAUUGGCUCCUGGAUCGGUUCCGCACUAUGAUCAACGUGCUGGGUGAUGCUUACGGAGCCGGCAUCGUCCAGAAACUAUCCAAGAGGGAGCUGGAGAGGAUGGACCUGACAUCAGACGUGGAUGUCGCCAACCCCUUCGCCCUGGAGGCCACCCUGGACGACGAAGAGUGCGAGAAGAAAUCCUACGUGAACGGAGGCUUCACCGUCGACAAGACAGAUGCAAUCUCCUUCACUGAAACCUCCCAGUUUUAGCCUCUGGCCGGCUCAGAGGCACGGAGGAAGUGCCACGCUACUAGGGAUGUAAAGCAGAACACCUUCCAUCAUGUAUCAGCACCACAACGAGAGAGGAAAACUAUCCAACCAGACCCAUCCGAGCUCAGACAUCAGCAAUAGCAGCCUCCAUUAAGAUUAUCCAAGAUGAUCACCCUUCACUUCGAACAUUUACGACUAGAUUAAAGUGCUUCCCUCUUACUCAAAUUGUGCCAAGAUUAAGAAAAGUCAAUUUUCUUUUGAAUAAGAGCGUGUUCUUUCUUGCAAAGAUGCACCUAAAAGAAGAGCUGUGUGUGUGUGUGUGUGUGUGUGUGUGUGUGAGGAUAUUCUUUUUGGAUGUAAUUGAGGUGUGUAUAUGUACUCUGCAAAAAAGGAGGAUAUACUGUGCGUUCACUUACUUUAUUUGCUCCUUGAUUCAACAUUAAUUCUCUAAAAUGAUUUGAAUGAUUGUGUGGCUGUUGGUAAAUGUCUAUGUCCCAUGAUGCACUGCUUGUAUAUCUAUCUGUAUAUUUAAACUGUGCCAAACAUAUAAAGAGUUUUUUCACCGAGUUGCAUGAGGCAAUAUGUUAAAGAGAUUGUGAUUGCUGGCUGUAGACUGAUUUUUUAUGAAGACUUCACAGAGACUGGAGAUGGUCAAAAAGGCUUAUGAAGUCACUGAACACUGUGAAAUUUGAGGACAUUUUUUCAGAACCAAAUCGCUAACAUUUAUUGAUGCUUUGCAAAGUAAUAAUAAUAAUCACAAAUAGUGUCUGUGUUUAAGCAGCGUGGGGAAAACUCACAGUAUAUUAGCCAUCCUUGAUUGUACCGUCUCAAAGCAGACCAUUUUAAUUAUUGGCUAAUGGAUUUAUUUGUCAAUAAUCUGAUAAUCAAAGUGUGUCUUUUUAUGUGCUUUUUAAAAGUGUCAUUACUUUAUUUUCACUAUGAAGUAUAUUUAAAUGCUAUGGUAGCUCAGCUAUGACACCGAUGCACGGCAAGCUUUCAUUCAUUUAGCUGGUUAUAAACAUUUCUGUUGAAACGACAGCGGGUUAAAGGAAUAGUUUCACUUUUUUUGGGAAGCACACAUUUUAGCUUUGUUGUCAAGAGUGAGCUGAGACUAUCAAUACCACUCUCAUAUCUGUGUAUUAAAUACAGAGCACAUUUCCCAAAAUGUAUUCUUUUAAUACAAGCUGCAGACCUUAGGCUCAGAUGCACAGCGGUGCAUACAGCACUCAGAGAGCUAGGGCAGCUUUUUCUUUAGUAGUUUCAUUUCCCACAGCAACUGCUGCAUUAAAAAUCUAAUGUUGUAAAAUUCAGAGCAGCAGUGUCAUCUAUAACAUUUCAAAAUGACCCAGCCCCUGAAAACAUCUGGUUUGUAGCCACAGCGAUAAGAUUGCAAACUAGAACAUUCGCUGGAACAAAAUGCUUAUUAUUGUUGUUAUUACAUAACAAUAUUGGCACUUCUGUCUGAGGCGCACCUUUUCUCAUCAUCCCCUGUCAUGCCCAUGAUAAGCAGAUAUUGAUUUUGAGGUCAUCAGCACCCUAAGGUUAUCAGUUCACCAUCACCCACUUGGCAAACAAAGCUACAGGUGCUGUUUUCUUGUUACUAGCUAGUUAACAUGAGGACAUUAGGGUUUGUUUGGCAAAGGGCGAGGAGAUAAAAGACCUAAUUUGAGCAUUACAUAUACACAUAUACAAAUGUUCAGCUUUGUUGGAAACUCCUGGCAUGGGAAAAUGACAAAUGAUCAGAGAAACUGUUGUAAUAGCUAACUAGCAAGCCUAUAAAAAUGUAUAAGUACUUUUCUUUUUUCCCUCUUUUUUGAUGUUAUAGUAUACUUUGUCUACUUUGAGCCUAGAUGCCUAGUUAGCUAAAUGUGGGUGCAGACAAUUGUGUUGUUUCAGGCUGGGCUAUGAUUGGUUAGUUGCACUGCCACAACACAAGACUGAAAAAUAGGGCUAUAAAUUUAAAAUGGGCUAGACUGCAGUGUUCAUAACAUCCCAUAACACACCCAUGUUGGGCAUAAUACAUAAACAUGUGCAUGGUUUUGCUAUUCUUAGAUUGUUAUCAGACGCAGAGCUAAGAGCUGGUUUAUGGUUUCUCAGAACUAGCUCUUUAGACGUGCUGUGCAACCACAUUGAAAACAAAAAUGUUUACCACAGUGGAAGGCGGACUGAAAAGUCGGCUGUGACUCUCUCACCCCCACACAGCUGGCCAAUCACAGCACAAACUAAAUACCACAAAUGUCUGCAUUAAUGGUAACGCUCCCUGGCUGCACUGUUAACUUGUGAUGCUCACAGCAUAAUAGUGGUCUUAUGCUCUUUUAUACAUACAGUAUGUCCAUGUCUGUAACAGAACUGUGUCUUUGACUCCAUGCAGCAGCUGCAUAUUUUGAUGCCUGCAUAUGCACAUACAGGACUUUAGCUUGGAAUUAGUGGUUAGGAGUUGUUCAGAUGGCGGGGUCAACUUGAAAAGAAAUUGCAUGGGACCAACACUAGUAUCACUGUAUGCCUGUACUACUGUGUACUGUUGUAUACUGUUGUGCUAUUUAUGCUAAUCAUAUACAAUAUGUUUGAAUAAGUACAGUUCCAGUGCUGGUCCCAUGACCACUGUUCCCAGCAUGAUAAUCACUAUCAUUAUUUAUAGUUCGAAGUAAAAUGGUUCAUUUUAUUUCAUUUUGAAAAUCCCUCAAGUCUGAGCCAAAUACCUGUCCCAAUCUCCUGGCAGAAAACACGAUAAUUGCAACAUAACUCAGCAAACUCUGCAGAUCUACAUGAUUUGUACAUCACAACAAAACUGUCUGAACCUGAGCCUUUCAUUCACAUGACACAUAAGCUUCUUGGCAGUUUGUUGCUCAGAUUGUGAUAGAAAUAAAACUGCCAGAGUAGUUUACAGCACAAUACCAUAAUGUACAAUGUGUUCUAUUUGAGGUUGGAUAUCACAAAUUCCCCACUAGUUAGAAAUGCUAAUUUAAGUGGUCCAGCUUGGGAAAAGUAAUAUAACAACACCUGUGAAAUUUUCCUUGGUUUGUGUAAAGUACAGCUCCUUAAACACCAGCUAAUAUGUUAAUACGUAACGGUUAGUUAGCUAGUUUGUCGUAGAAAAUUAGCAAUGGCGAACACUAGGCCUACUCUCAAAAAUUCCUUGCUAGCUAGACGUGCUAAAUUCAGUGGUCUAGCUUAGAAAAAUCACAGAGGAAACACCUGUGAAACACCUUCUUUACUUGAUGUUAAAUGCUACUCUGAAAGGGAGAGCUAAUGUGUUAAUACGUUGCAAUGUUAGCAGCACAGAAAAAUUAGCAACUGCAAAAUGCUACAUUACCUUUCAGCUUUAUCUUUAACCAAGUAUCAUGUUGAUGUUUUGAUAGUUUAUGGUCAUAACGUGUUGAAAACUCAACUUUGUCUAUUUUCAGGAUAAUAAAAAUGUUCAAUAAAGUGAUGAAGUUUUAAGAGUGCUGUUAGGUUUAGUAGUGAUUUCACAUGACUCUAUCCUUAGGGAUAACAAAUUAAGUGUCUUACUUGGGCUUUCAUGUUGAUGGGCUGUCCCAUUACUUUUGUCCAAAAAGUCAAAAUUUCCGAAUCCACUGUGUCUGGAAUACAUUCUUUGUCUCAGUGUUACAAUUUCAGUCGUCCCUACUCUGUCAAAAGGGCCACAUUUGAAAUGAAAUGUGGGCUAAGGAAGAUGCUUGUUUGUAUUUCAAUACUGAUCAGAGAUGAUGUGCAGAUAACCUUCACAAAUCAGGUUGUAUUCUACAUUUCAAAAGCACACUAUGAUGGCAUCAGCCUACCCCUUCUCUGUACAGACUACUACUUGAGUACAGUAUGUGAAUCAACAUGCACUACAUUAUGUGUAACUGCAAGCUAAUAAAAGAAAGCUGCUCAGUU